AUGUAUUAUGAAAAGUCCAACACACCUGCAAAGGCACGGACUACAACCCUUAAUGAGGAGUUAGGUCAAAUAGAAUACAUCUUCUCUGACAAGACAGGUACACUUACUCAGAACAUCAUGACAUUCAAUAAAUGCUCAAUUGCUGGGAAGUGUUUUGGGGACUAUGUAGAUGAAUACGGAAACAUUGCAGAGAUUACAGAUCGAACUCCUAAAGUUGAUUUUUCCCGCAAUUUCUAUGCAGAGAAAACAUUUUGCUUUUAUGAUCAACGACUGCUUGAUGAAAUUGACAAAGAAAAUCCAAAAGUCUUUGAAUUCUUCAAACUUUUGGCACUGUGUCAUACAGUUAUGGUAGAAAUAAAAGAAGACAAAGUUCUUGAAUACCAAGCUCAGUCUCCUGAUGAAAAUGCCCUAGUGUCUGCUGCCCGAAAUUUUGGAUUUGUUUUCAAGUCUCGGACUCCAAACACUAUUACCAUUGAGGUAAAUGGCACUGAAGAGACUUAUGAACUGUUGUGUAUUUUAGAUUUCAAUAAUGUCAGGAAACGUAUGUCUGUGAUAGUCCAAAAGGACAACGUUAUACAAUUACUGUGUAAAGGUGCAGACACAUUAGUGUUUGAGCGACUGUCUCCUGAAAGUGACAACCUCAAAGAAUUAACAGCACAUCAUUUAAAUGAAUUUGCUCAGGAAGGUCUGCGCACUUUGUGCCUUGCUAGUAAAGAAAUUGAUCCAGAAUAUUAUCAUGAAUGGAAGAAACGAUAUCAUGAAGCCACCACGUCCAUGGAAAACCGUGAUGAAAAAGUGAAUGUGUUGUUUGAAGAAAUUGAGAAGAACAUGAUUUUACUUGGCUCUACUGCAAUAGAAGAUAAACUCCAAGAUGGAGUACCAGAAACAAUAGCAAACCUUGCCUUAUCUGGAAUAAAAAUUUGGGUGCUAACUGGUGACAAACAAGAGACUGCCAUUAAUAUUGGUUACUCGUGCAAACUACUGACUGAUGAGAUGGAAGAGAUUUUUAUUGUUGAUGGUGAGGAAUAUGAAGAGGUACAUGACCAACUGAAGAGGUCAUUGCAACAGUUAAAAGAAAUAUUAGAGGGCCGUUACCAAAAUGAUGUUCGUUUUGGCAAUGGUAUGAUGUCUUCAGAGGAGGAGGGUGAGAUGGACAAGUCAAAUUUUGACAAAGAGCAAACAUCUCAGUUUGCUCUGGUUAUAAAUGGCCACAGUCUGAUUCAUGCUCUAAAGAAGGACAUGGAACUAUUACUUUUAGAUCUCGGAUGCCUCUGUAAGGCUGUUAUCUGCUGCCGUGUUACCCCCCUGCAGAAAGCAUUGGUAGUUGAUCUUGUGAAGAAGAAUAAAAAAUCUGUUACUCUUGCAAUUGGGGAUGGUGCCAAUGACGUCAGCAUGAUUAAGAUGGCUCACAUUGGUGUCGGAAUCAGUGGCCAAGAAGGUAUGCAAGCAGUUCUUGCCAGCGACUUUGCCUUGUCUCAAUUUAGAUAUUUGGAACGUCUGCUCCUUGUCCAUGGCAGAUGGUCCUACUUGCGUAUGUGCAAGUUCCUCAAAUAUUUUUUCUACAAAAAUUUUGCCUUCACUCUCUGUCACUUUUGGUAUGCAUUCUUUUGUGGAUUUUCUGCACAGACUUUGUAUGAUCCAUUUUUCAUUUCUCUCUACAAUGUAUUUUAUACAUCUCUGCCAGUUUUAGCAAUGGCUAUUUUUGAUCAGGAUGUUGAUGAAUAUUAUUCAAUACGAUAUCCUAAGCUUUAUACACCAGGACACAAGAAUCUACUUUUCAACAAAAAGCUGUUUAUGUGGAGUGUGGCUGAAGGGAUUCUUUCAUCACUGAUUUUAUUUUUCAUACCAUACGGAGUUUUUAAAGAAAGUGUGAACCAAUAUGGCUUGGAUGCUGGGGAUCAUCAAUCACUUGGUGUUGCUGUGGCUUCUACACUGGUGGUCGCUGUCAAUGUCAGGUGUGCUUUGGACACAUCGUACUGGACUGGCUUCAACCAUUUUGUCAUUUGGGGCAGCAUCAUUUUCUUCUUUUGUUUCAUCAUUGCUUUCUACUCUGACAUUUUCCAAUACAAUUAUAUGGGUGUCGCCACAGCAGUCUUCUCAACAGCCCAAUUUUGGUUCAGUUUACUUCUCACCUGUGUCAUUCUUUUGGUUCCAGUCCUUGCCUAUCGGUUUUACACUCUAGACACACAACCAACACUCUCUGACCGAGUACGCAUGAAACAACGUAUGACUAAAACCAAGUCCAGGUCUCGUGACUUCAAUAUUGGCCGGAGGUCCACCAUUCGCCGAAGCCAACGGUCUAUGCGAUCAGGAUAUGCUUUUGCUCACCAGGAGGGUUUUGGCCAGCUCAUUACCAGUGGACUGAACAUGCGCAGUAGAGUCCGGGCAGAAUCCAAUUUACCUGACAAGUCUCCAAUUCGACUUAAAGGGAUUACCAGAGUGUCCAGUACAACAGGAGAACCAAUCAAAUCCAAUUCAGAUAUUUUUGAUGCUGCUAAAAUUUAA